CUCUACGAAGUUGAGCAGUUUAGUUUAAAGACUCAAAGGCAAGGGAAAAAAUAAAAAUAAAAAUAAAAAAAAAGAAAAGAAAAAGAGAAGGAACCCACACAUGCAGACCCAUUUCUCCCCAACUCUCUUUCUCUCUCCUCUCUGCACGUUUUAAACAUUUUCUAGAGAGAGAGAGUCGCAAGAGGUUUUCAAUUUUUCGCACACAAAAGAAGAAGAAGAAGCUCCGAGGAUUCCUUUCUUCCUUCUUCGUCCUCGUCGUUUUCUUCUCCGGCUCAAUUGUCGUUUUUGGCCUCCGGAUCAUGGAGUUCGUCGGACGAGCCGUCAGGAGAGAGCUUGACAACGGCGGCGGCGGCGGCGGCGAUGGCGAAGGCGAAGUGGUAUUCUCCUUGGGAACCGUGAAGUCGUACGACGCGUCGUCCAGGUUGUUCAAGGUCGUGUACGAGGACGGAGAUUCCGAGGAGCUAGGCUUGUCCGAGGUCGCCAUGCUCGUCGAGGGCAAAAUCCAGCUCGGCCGGAAGCCGAAGAAACGGCGUCGUAUUGAGCGGAGCGGCGAGGAAUUGGGCGAGCCAGGUAAUGCCGGUCAAAAUCUCAUUCAUGAUUGUUCGAUUCGUGGUGGAAAUGAAACCCUUGUAAGUAAUCAUGAUGGUUUUUUGAAUGAUGCGAAAGAGGGAAAGCGUAAAAUUGGAGGGAAUGGGAAUUUGAAAGAGGGGGAAAACCUAUUAGGGAAGAUGGAGGGUUUGAAAGAAGGCGUUUUUUCUGUUAAUGGGGAUGUUAAUGGGGUUGGGGAUUUGAGAGAUGGGCUUGAUUUGAAUGCGGGAUUUAAUUUGAAUCUGAAUGACGAUUCCGAUGAGCAUUUAGGUUCUGAGGGGAAUUCUAGGAAACUUGAGCAUAUUGAUCUGAAUUUGGAUGUGAAUGAUGAUUUCGAUGAGAGUUUGACUUCACCCGUCGAAAUCCGGAGGAGGGGUUGUGAUUUUGAUUUGAAUAUGGAGGUGGUUGAUGAUACUAAGGAUGGCGGGGAAGAACUGAAGGUUAGUACUUGUUUUGAGAGGGCGGGAAACGAUGCCCGAACGAAUGACGGUGAUGAGGAAAAGAUUGUAGAAGAUGUGGAUUCAAAUGGGGCUUUGACCAAAGUUGAUUUGGAUAUCAAUGAAGAUGUUAGUGCUAAGGGUGUUAGCGACUUGCUUGAGAGCUCAGUAAGGGAUGCGUGUGCAGCGUCUGCUGAACAGCUUAACAAUGAUUGUAGUGUCUCUGGUGAAGAUGCAAAGCCCGAUCCUUCUGCUGUGGUGUUGGAUACUAACUCUGCUAAAGAUUGCGAUGCUACGGAGAUUGAGUUGAAGGAUGGUCCUUAUGGAGCCGGUACUCCAAUGAUGAACCAUGAGCACCUGGACGAUUCAGCAACUCCAAGCAGCCAAAAGGGUAGCCGUAGAAAGAGAAGGAAACUGUCAGAUAAUGUUAAAGCCCCUACACCUACGGUUUUGAGGAGAAGUGCUCGUAGAGGGUCUGCUCAGAAUCAUGUUUCGAUCACUUCAUGUACGGUCAAUGAUAUACCAUCUUCUCCUGCAGUUAGUGCAAUAACAGAGGAAAAGCCAGGGACUUCGGUUUGGAAAGAACCUGAGAAGCCCGUUGUUGUUCUACCUCCAAAGCUUCAAUUACCCCCUUCUUCUCAAAGUUUAGAUUUAAAGGACAUUCCCAUACUUGACCUUUUUUCUGUCUAUGCCUGUCUUCGAUCUUUUAGUACUUUAUUAUUUCUGAGUCCCUUUGAGCUGGAGGAAUUUGUGGCAGCAGUGAAGUGCAAAUCUCCUACUUCAUUGUUUGAUAAUGUUCAUAUCUCUAUAUUACGAACUCUUCGAAAGCAUUUGGAGUACCUUUCAAAUGAAGGUUCCGAAUCUGCUUCUGAUUGCCUAAGGAGUCUUAACUGGAAUUUUUUGGACGUAAUUACCUGGCCAAUGUUUAUGGCCGAGUACUUUGUAAUUCAUGGUUCAGAACUGAAACCUAGUUUUGAUCUCAGUAGCUUGAAGUUAUUCAAAGCUGACUACUAUCAGCAACCUGCUUCAAUAAAGAUUGAGAUACUUCGGUGCUUAUGUGAUGAUUUGAUUGAAGUGGAGGCCAUAAGAUCAGAGCUGAAUCGAAGAUCAUUGGCGGCUGAGCCUGACAUGUCGUAUGAACGGAAUUUGAAUCACAGGGUUGGCAAGAAAAGGAGGGCUUCACUUGGCAUUUCUGGUGGCUCUUGUUUGGAGGAAGAGGAUAUUGAUAACAAUAAUGACUGGAACUAUGAUGAGUGUUGCCUCUGUAAGAUGGAUGGAAGCUUGAUAUGCUGUGAUGGAUGCCCUGCUGCCUAUCAUUCAAGUUGUGUAGGAAUUGCCAAUGAACAUUUGCCAGAAGGUGAUUGGUAUUGCCCGGAAUGUGCUAUUGCCAGAGAUAAGCCUUGGAUAAAAUCACGAAAGUCGCUCCGAGGGGCAGAGUUAUUAGGAAUUGAUCCUUAUGGUCGGCUAUAUUUUAACAGCUCUGGUUACCUUUUGGUGUCAGAUUCUUAUGACACUGAGUCCCCAUCCAGUUAUUACCACAGAGAUGACCUGAAUAUGGUUAUUGAUGUGCUAAAGACGUCAGAUUUUUUCUAUGGUGACAUAUUAGUGGCAAUCUGCAAGCACUGGAGUAAUGUGAGCUUAAAUGGAACAAGUAGCAAGAUUAACUGCCUGUAUUCCGUGUCUGCAGACAUGUCUAUGAAGGGACAGAGUCAUGUCCUUUCAUAUCCUCCGGUCUCACUGGCAUCUGCAGAAUUAUGUGCAGUUAAGAAUGAAUCUGUCGAGGAGAGAAAAAUGGAAGAGAACACAAAGAUUGAAGAUUCUGGCCUUGGCUCUCAAAUUUUGAAGUCUGUUAACAAGUUGGAUGCAAUAACCGUGACAGGAAGUUCUCAUGUAACCUCUGAAGGAUCAGCUGAAAUAACACAAACACAAACACAAACAUGGUCAGGCACUGACUACGAUUUAACUAGCAUUGCUAAAACCCAAAACCAGUCUGUCAUACAAGGAAAACUUACUACCGUAGAUAUGAGACAAGAAGCUAUUAUUGAAUCUGCUGGUCCUGAAAAUCCCUCAACUUGUAUAACAACCAGAAAAGGUAAUACAUCAGAAGUGCAGUAUGGAAAUGGUUAUGUGAACUAUUAUAGUUUUGGUCAAAUUGCUUCAUCAAUUGCAGAGGAUUUGACGCGUAAAUCAUCAGACAAAAUCAAGCAAGACGUGGUAAUCUUGGAAGAGGAAAUAAUAUCACGUCAGAUGCGAGUCAUUCUGAAGAAGUAUUCGAAAUUCUGUUGGUCAAGUAUUAAGACUUUCAAUGUCGAUGUACAGAAAGAGAAAUGUGGUUGGUGCUUUUCAUGUAGAGCUGCCACUGAUGACAGGGAGUGCUUGUUUUCCAUGAAUGUGGGGCCUGUUAGGGAAUUUCCUAGCAGUGACGAUCUUAGCCUCCAAUCGAAAAGGAAUAGGAAAAGUCAUCUUACUGAUAUCAUAUAUCAGAUUCUUUCCAUUGAAAAUCGCCUGCGUGGGCUUCUCUUGGGUCCGUGGUUGAAUCCAAAUCAUACCAAGCUUUGGCGUAAAAGUGCUCUCAAGGCAUCUGAUAUUGCGUCUGUUAAACACUUUUUGCUCACACUAGAGUCAAAUCUUGGUCGUCUUGCACUCUCGGCAGAUUGGUUAAAACAUGUGGAUUCUGAUGUGUCCGUGGGUUCAGCUUCUCAUAUUGUGACUAGCUCAGCACGUGGAUCCUUAAAGAAUGUGAUUGGCAGAAAAAGGCCCAUUACCGAGUCCGGCCCUACACUAAACACUGCCAGUGGUCUGGGAAUAUUUUGGUGGAGGGGGGGCAGGCUUUCUCGUAAGGUGUUCAAUUGGAAGGUUCUGCCUUGCUCCUUGGUUUCUAAGGCUGCCCGACAAGGUGGCUGUACAAAGAUUCCAGGCAUAUUAUAUCCUGAGAAUUCAGAAUAUGCAAAGAGAAGCAAAUAUGUGGCCUGGCAAGCUGCUGUAGAAACAUCAACUAGUGCAGAGCAGCUCGCUUUCCAGGUUAGAGAGCUUGAUUCACACAUUAAGUGGGAUGACAUUGAGAAUACACACCCUCUCCCUGUGCUGGAUAAAGAAUCUAGAAAGUCAAUCAGGCUGUUCAAGAAAGUUAUUGUCCGUAGGAAGAGUGUUCAAGGCGGACUGGUUAAGUACCUUCUUGAUUUUGGCAAGAGAAGAGCCAUCCCUGAUGUUGUUUCUAAACACGGUUCCAUGGUUGAAGAAUCCUCUAGUGAAAGGAAGAAAUAUUGGUUGGAUGAGUCUUAUCUUCCUCUGCAUCUUUUGAAGAAUUUUGAGGAGAAAAGAAUUGCCCGUAAAUCUACUGAUAAUAAAUCUGGGAAAUCUGUUGAUUAUGGUAGUGUUAUGAAGAGGCCUCAACAAAAAAAGGGAUUUGCAUAUUUAUUUUCAAAAGCAGAAAGAUCAGAGUAUUAUCAGUGUGGCCACUGCAAUAAAGAUGUCCUAAUCAGGGAAGCUGUGAGCUGCCAGCAUUGCAAAGGGUUUUUCCAUAAAAGGCAUGUCAAGAAGUCUGCUGGGGCCAUCAUUGCAGAAUGUACGUACACGUGCCACCGAUGCCAGAAUGGGGUGCGUGCAAAGAUUGAUACAAAAAAAGGUAAAACUGCCAAAAAAGGGGGCAACGUAAAAUCAAAGCAGUCCAAAAACAUUCAGACAGACCGCAGGUCGUCGCAGUUAAAAAGCAAUAAAAAAGUGUCAACUGUUGGACAGAAAGGACAAUCAAAGAAAAAUAGUAAAGCUAUACCUGCAGUGCCUUUACGGCGUUCAACUAGGAAAGCAAAAUGCCUAUCACUGCCGAACAAACUGCAAAACAAAAAGCAUCGUGGACGCAAGAAAGGGAAACAGGUCAAAGCGAAAAAGGCUACUCAAGAGAAAACAAAGAAAGGUACUUCUUGCAGGAAGAAGAGAACAGCAGUUUCUCACAGUUACUGGCUUAAUGGUUUGCUGUUGUCUAGAAAGCCAAAUGAUGAACGAGUUGUCCUUUUUAGGGAUAAAAGUUUUCUAGCCCCUCCUGAACAGUCCUCUGACACUCCAAAUCAACCUAAAUGUCAGCUUUGUGAUGAAGCAGGAUACAAAUCUACCUUAAAUUAUGUUGCUUGUGAGACCUGUCGAGAGUGGUUUCAUGCGGAUGCUAUUGGUAUUCAUCCAGAGAACAUUGAUAUAGUCAUUGGAUUUAGGUGCCAUACCUGUUGUGAGAGGACUCCUCCUGUUUGUCUCCAUUCAGUAACUAUGCAAUCUGAUGUGUCUCAGUUAGCUGAAGUACAAAAUACUGCUGCCGUUGACUGUACUGAGGAAGUAUCUAAUACAGUCCCACCCCUGAGUGAGUUGCAGGUUGCAUGCAAUUGAAUUCUUUUGGGAUUUGAAGAACAGUUCUUCAGUGAGCUUUGAGGAUGCACAUAGUUGCUCAUUCAUAUAAUCCCAAGUAAUAAAUGUGGCAAAUGUUGCUUUUAUUUUUCAACUGCAUGAUCAAUUUGGAAAAAACUAGAAAGAAUCUGUGGUUUUGGAGAAAAGGGAGUAAGUACGCCAAAGGGUGUGAAAUUCCCCAUGCAGUGAGGCGAAAGGUUGCAGCAGUGAACCCACAUAUUGAGCACCACCACAAGGAGCAAAUGAACGUCCAAAGAGGCCCACGAAGCUGUGUUAAUGGUCACAAGGCCUAGAAGUCAGGUCACAUCUCCAAAGGUUGGUGUUCCUUUAGGGGCGUUAGCAACGGUGUUCGGCUCACUUCUCUCCGCUGCUGUCGUGUUUACCGAAUACAAGGCAGGCACAAUUGAGCUUGGUAUUAAUUCAUUUGGUUAAUUCUAACACAAUUUAUUAAAGAGAUUGCAAUUGAAGAGAUAUGGGAUUAGAGAAAAAUAGAUUAGUUCCAUUAACAGAGAUAUUAGAACUGCAGAUGAAAUACUGAAUUGUUUGUUUUAGCAAAACUUAAAACUAGCAAUUUCAUUUAGGCCAUAUUUUUUAGGGGAUUGAUGAGAGCUUUCCGAUCAGAAUUGCAGAUUAAUUUAGGAUAAUGACUUAUUUAUAAAGACAUUAGUCUUUUCUUGUAUUAUUGUAAUUGACAUUGUACAGGCAUCUGGGAAAAGGAAAAUAGAAGGGCAUAUGAAAAAUUUGCUUCACCUCCAACUUGUUCCCUUGAAGACCUUGAGAAUCUCUCCUCUUUCGUUUGUUUGUUUGUUUUUUUUUUUUUUUUUUUAAAUCAAAGCUGAUAAUCUGUAAUUUUUUCUCACAUUCAGGAUCAUAGACUUGUGUAAAUCAUUCCUUAACGUU